CCCCGCCCACAGCGAAAGUGAUGUUCGUACGUGAAAUGCGGCGUCGCUGGGAACGUCCUUCUGCAGCCGCAGUGUGAGAGGGAGCAACCGUGAUGAUCAGCCAUGGAACCAUGAGAAGCCAAAGGCCUGACUCUGGAUCAGUUCUAACCCAGGCUACAUAGAACAAGGCCAGUGACCGCCGCCCUGUUUGGACUGAUCUGUGGUCAGUGUGAAGGCCUGAGGGCAGGACUGUGGAUGUGAAGGCUGCACGUGGAGUGGUGGGAGGGGUGGAGCGGCGCGGCGAUGUCUGUCAGAAGUGCAGAGGGGGUGUCCAUCAUGCAGGCCUUAGCCAUGACCGUGGCUGAGAUACCUGUGUUUCUGUACUCCACCUUCGGCCAGUCUAUUUUCUCUCAGCUGCGGUUGACUCCCAGCCUGAAGAAGGUGUUGUUUGCGACGGCUCUGGGCAGCGUCGCCCUGGCGCUGACGGCGCAUCACCUGAAGCGGCGGGGCCGGAAGAGGAAGCAGCCAGCGGAGAAGUCGGCGGUGAAGCCGGUGGGCAUUCCUGAACAGCUGCUUCGCUCCGGCAGACCGGCUUCGCUGAAGAGGGGUCCGUUUCCAGGACGGCAGAUGAUGAGCCCUAGUACUCGCAGCAAUGACACAAUGAGUGGAAUCUCGUCACUCGCUGCCAGCAAACACUCCAGUUCAUCACACAGCAUUGCUUCGGCACGACUUCCUUCUUCUCCAAACCAGCCAGCUGCUGCAGCCACACCGUGGGAGGCGGAGCCAGUGGCAGAGGAGCCUGGAGCCAUAGAAGAUGCAAACGCAGAAAACCUGUACAUCAUGGGUAUGGAGCUGUUUGAAGAGGCGCUUCAGAAAUGGGAGCAGGCUCUUAAUGUCAGGCACAGAACCCAGACUGAGGCCUCUGCCAGUAACAGCCUCGCCCUGCAGGGGGCAGCGCUCACGCCCGAAUCACGUCAUCGGAAGUUUGCAGAGAAACUGGAGUUUCUCCUGCACCGUGCUUAUCAUCUGCAGGAAGAUUUCGGCAGCACUAUACCUCCUGACAGCCUGCUGGCUGACCUGGAAAGUGAAGGCACAUUGAUUCUGCCCACAGUGGAGAGCUCCCAUCGGCUGCAGGACGACGACGCCGCAACCAUCACGUCCGACGAUUCUUUCUUCUCUGCAGCUGAGCUGUUUGAUGCUUUCUCUCUAGAUGAGGUGUAUCAGCCACUGAGGCCUGCAGCUCUGUAUGAAGAGGCUCUGAGUUUAGUGACCGAAGGAAAAGUGUCGUGUAGAUCAUUCAGGACGGAGAUGCUGGAGUGUUACAGUGAUCAGGACUUCCUGGCCAAGCUACACUGCGUCCGACAGGCUUUCCACUUGCUGCUGUUGGAUGAAACUCACAGGACCUUCUUCAUGGAGACAGGCAAACAGAUGAUCACUGGACUCAUGAUUAAAGCCAACAAGAGUCCAAAAGCGUUUUUGGAGAGUUAUCAGGACAUGCUGCUCUACACUCAGCGCGAGGGGACCUGGCCCACCACCAAGAUGGAGCUGGAGGGACGAGGGGUGGUGUGUAUGAACUUCUUUGACGUUGUUCUGGACUUCAUUCUCAUGGAUGCCUUUGAGGACCUGGAGAACCCACCCACCUCUGUGGUCGCAGUGUUACGGAACAGAUGGCUGUCUGAUAGUUUUAAAGAGACGGCUUUAGCCACAGCAUGUUGGUCGGUGCUGAAAGCUAAGAGACGACUACUGUUGGUUCCGGACGGCUUUAUUUCCCAUUUCUACGCCAUUUCAGAACACGUGAGCCCGGUUCUGGCGUUUGGUUUCCUGGGUCCCAAGCAGUACUUGAGUGAGGUGUGCACCAUUUUCAAGCAACAGAUAGUGCAGUACCUGAAGGACAUGUUUGACCACGAUAAGGUGCGCUACACCUCCAUCCAGUCACUGGCCGAUGACAUCCUGAGUCUGUCCCACAGGCGAACGGACAUCCUGCUGGGCUACCUGGGCAUCGACAGUCUCCCCGAGACCAACGGAGCGCUGCCCGUUGGCCCGUCGCAUGCAGACGACGACCAUCCGCUUCUGGAUGACCAGAAGGACUAACGCACAGCUGGAGUUCUGGAUCAGUCAGACAGGUGGAAUUUAGAGUUAAGCUGGAGUUUGGAUUUCUGCUUGAAAGAAGACGUCGGAAUAGUACGCUGGGAAUUCUCCAAAUCUGUAACCUGUUCUUUAGCAGCUUUCAGUCCGUCUGCCACUAAAGACACGGCACACGAACAGCCAAAUAUCGCCAGCACCAAUAAAUCUGUCAGUUAUCACUAGAGGACGGAAAUGCAGACCAUCUGAGAGAAAACCUUUCAGCCUGAAAGGUCUGCACAUUCUUCCUGUUGAGAUUCCACUGAGAUUAUUACAGUAUCCAGCCUGACUCGCGAGAGGGGCUGGAGAACAUUGCUGCUUUCGGAAUUUAUCCUUGAAUCACAGUAGAAGCUGUGUGGACAGGUUCAGAAGCUAAAGGGAAUAACAAGGAUUUAUGUAGAUUCCAAAAUAGCGCUCACUAGCCCAGUUUUGUGUUUGCCGCUCGGCCCUAUUUCUGUCACUUUGUCUUAUUUCUCUCCCUCUCACAACCAAGCACACAAAGAUUUGACAUAAUCAUGUCUGUCGUUUAGGGACUGCCACACCUCUGCGGGCGAAGCUGUUUGCAUAUCAGUUGUGCGUAUCGGCGCGAAGUGAAAGUCUGAGUAUGUGUGAGAGCCGGUAAGUUACGCUGCUCCAGAAAGGCAGGAUUAAACUGCUGUGUUGGCCAAUGAAGAAGGUAUUGUCAUUUGAAUAUCUGCAGCAGGUCAGGGGACAUGAGGUAGGGUUUUUGCAUAAUAACACUAGGCUGGAAGGGCAAAGUGCUCUUUUGGGGCAGCAGUUCUCAAACAUGGGUGCCUGCAGGUGGUCUUUAAGGAGGUUGCAGAAAAAAAUAAGGAGCUUAAUAACUUUUCAUAUUGUCAGAUUGUUACAUUUGCUUCGGCUACAGCUAAAAAAUGCUGGUUGUGGGAAAAAUAGAUAUUAAAUACAUGCCAACCAGUUUCGGCGAAGUGUCCCAGAACAGUGGCAUGUCUGUUUAAUGUGCAGGUCAAUGAUGGCUGUGGAGAAAGCUAGCAAAGUGGUCAAGUUUCCGGGAAGACAAGGUCCUUGUUCGUUAAAAAAUUGCUGUAAAUUCUUAAAUAACGCAAAAGUCAGGGGCUUUGGGUUGGAACUGCGUCGUACGUCUAUAUAUAUUAACGUCAGGCUCAAAAGAAGGUCCAUGUUUAGGUCCAUUGCAAAAUACUGAUGAAGUUACGAUGACGAGAGACGAUAAGUUUUCUUUUAAUUCUCUUUCAAUGCGCUCGCAAUCGUUAGACUUAGACAGAUCGUCUGCAAUUACACAUAUUCACCAGAGGGGUCGCCAAAUUUCCACACCUUACAUAGUGUAGAUUAGCUUUAAGUGGAAGUAAUCACUGGGGGCACAAAGGGGGAUUAAAAAAGCUUGGGAACUGCUGCUUUAGUGCGUCAUUUGCAUGCAGAGAAUCUGAAAAUUGUUUAUAAAAGGUUGUCUCACAAGUUAGCUCGUGUUAAAGUAGUGCUGAGUUGAGUUGCAAGUUGGCUGAACCAGUUAGAUUCCAACCCGGAGUUCAGUUUUUUCCUACCUGCCUGGUCCUGAAGUCCCCCUGAAAAGGUUUUCAACAGUUAAUAAUAGCUAAGGAACCAACCAUCAGCUCCACCAAGUGGUAGGGAUGGGCAUUUCAGUCGAAUUUGAUGUUCAAAUUUGUAAGACAAGUUUUUUGAAAAGUAUCCAUUUCUUUAAAGCUUAAAGGCUACCGUGCACCUCUCUAUGCCCAAAUCCGGAGUAGAUGUUUGUGGCUUGAAAUUUUUAUGUUGAACACGCCAGUGCUGAUCAUUUGUUACUAGCCUAGCCGUGUCGUAUUUCACCUCAGUUAAACUCGAAAUCAGGGAGCUUGUGAAGUUAGUUAGCUGGUAAUUCUACUAAAAGAUAUUGGAAGUUUUAUUUCAUUGAAUCUAUAUGAGUAGAGUGUAAAAUGAGCUUGAGCUUCAUGUUUAUCUGGGCUUUUUUUUGCGAAGCUUUCUAAAUGCUACAGCUGCACUAUCUGCUACCUGGCACCGGCGAUGCAGCGCUUCUCGUCUGGUGUGCGUUAGCCUUUAGCUGGCCGCAGUAGUCUUUCUAAGCUUUGUGAAUUAACCCGUUUCAGUACCAGCUUCUACAAGCCCUGACCUCAUGGUUUCCCCUCAGGAGAGUCCACAGCGCCACCUCGAGGCCUGUUCCGUUACUGCAUUAGCUCAAAUGAAAUGUAUUAGAUGAGGCCUUGGAGGGGCGAGAGACUGACAGCAGCAGAACUUGCCCAAAAAUCACUGCAGACUCGCCGCAUUUCCCCAAAAUAGUGAUGGACAAGGCUGUUUACAAGCCAGAGCAAUAAGCUACUUUAAAAUGCUUAACACUUCAAAACCUUAACGUUUGAUUUGCUGGGCUUUAUGUUACAAGCUACUCCAUCUGUUGAACACGACUGCUCAUACAACUUCUCAAGGCUGUGUUUAUAGCCAGACCAAGUAAACUUGGUCCUUGCGUUCUGCCAUGAGUGAACACUUGUGUAACAUAGAUGUGAAUCACCCCCCCCCCCCCCCCCCCCCCCCCCCCUCAUCACUCGGGCGUGUGUUAGCUGAACAUAACUCCGGUUUGCUUUCCGUUCGAACGCGUUCAGCCGUGCAACGAUGUUGCGUGAACGGCAGCUCGAGAAGAUGCGGUGGCGCUUCACAGGUCUUGGAUGAAGUCUGUGCCCACCUUCGCCCUCCUAGCGCUGGCGGUAUGUGAUUGGGGGACGAAAUUAGGGCAAAAUUCGAGGGUGGGGGGGGAUUGGGUGGUCACAGGCCCUUCACUGCUCUCUGGUGGAGCAUAGAUUUGAGACAUCUCGUGGUUCUUCAGUAUGAAAACUGUAACACUAGAGAAGUUAAUUUGUACCAAUUUACUGUUCAGCUUUUAAAACUUUGACUGUUUAACUAUUCAAGGGCCCUUCCAAGUCUGUAAUCUAGCAGCCUCGGUUUUGCAUGAGCGCAAAUAAUCAAACUGUAUCCGCACCGCUAGUGUAGGCGUGUAUAUGGUCUGCGUCGUCGCUCCACAUGACACCUGUCUGAACUGUCGCUUCCUCUGAAGCUUUAUUGCUCUCCUAAAGUCAUUCUUUCCCAAAUAGGCGUCCAUGAGUAGGAAAAUUAACCGUAAUAGAAAAAUCUCCUGCACUCAUUAUCAGCGAUACUCAAUAGCAGCAGGGCAUUUAGGCUUAACGCUUUGGUGAAAUCCCAUCAGACUAUGUGCUUUAUUAAAUGGUUAAGACGUAACCGGUCAUUCAGGGUGGUUUGUUGCGAAAUGCUCCGUUCAGAGGAACCAGACGUUUAAUGCCUCUCAAUGUUGUCACAUGAAAAGGUUAUGAAUACAUGAUUUCAGAGACAUUGAGUGUGUUUUAAUAAUCCAAUAACUACAGAAAAUCAGACGGAAACAAUGUAAAACUCAAACUUCCUGAUAUUUUUUUUUCUACAUUGCGCUACUUUGCCUAAAAAUAUGAACGUACAUCAUCCAGAAGAUGAAGAAAAUUUAAAUCCCAAAUUUCGUCAAUGAUGUAGUUCAUCGCUCCAAAACCGUCUCUCUGCCUCUCACAGUGACGAGGCUCGCUUAUUUCCGGUACCGCCGUCUGUUUUCACACAUGCUCAGCUUUAGAAAUUAGAAAGAAAUCAGAAUAAGAGUCACAUGCACUGAGAAAUCUGAUUCCUGGGCUGUUUACAUGAUCAGUUGAAUAACCGGCUCACUGCAGAAAUCCGAUUAUGAUGGGAUUAUUAAGGGCAUGUAAACGCAUUCAUAGUUUUACGAUACUUUUGAGAAGGUUUUGACCUACAUUUAUGGUGGAGGGGCACAUGCAGGGCAUUAUAGGGAGAAAUGGUGCCCAAAGGAAAUACUUUUCCGAAUGAUCACUGUUUUACCAUCAUCGAUAUUAAAGGCGACUCUGGUAGUGGCUAUAUUGGCGUUGUAGACAUCACUGUAAACAAACCUCAAGUCGUUUCUCUACAAGGAGCGACUCUGAAUGACUUCUACAUCUCACCCCCUGAAUUCUCCAAACAUUUCGCUAGAAUAAUUUUUUAACCAGUAGUCGAGUGCGGAAUCGUACUGUUGUCAUUUGCAUUGGAAAUAUCUGAAUAGCUUCAAAGAAACCUAGUAGUAAGUAAGCAGUAAGACAUGAAUUCGUAGGGUAAUGCUGAGUUUUACCGUUUUAGGUCCUUCCAUCUAGAAAACCGCCUGUUUUUUUGCUGCUUUUGCACUUUAUCGUGGAAAAAAAAAGAGAUUAGGAAAACAAACAGUCUUUGAAUCUAUUUUUGUGGACAGUCGAAUAGCUGAAAUAAUCUAAGGCCGUGUUUGUGUUUUACUUUUUCGGGAGAAGCACUGCAGCGGGAGUACUGCAGUGUUUAAACCUGUGUCGGGUCUAAAUGGACCUGGUUCAUCUGUAGAGUAAAAGAGGUUGGUAGUUUAUUUAACUGUGGCCUGUAAAAUGUGCGUCUUAAUCAAAACCAGACGAAUUCCUUCGGCUUAGUCGUGUCUUUUGUGCCUGUGGUGUCUCUUAUUAAUCUAUGAACGGCUACAAUCAGUACGUUAGAGCUGAGCUGACCAGUGUCAGUGGUCAGGGCCUGUGUAAAAUAGCAUUUUACUGUAAAUGAACUGUAGAUCAGAGUCAGCUUUUAGGUGAACGGUUGGUUGAACUGAAUUAAGCAGAUCACAGAUCACAAACAGUAACCAGUACAAGUGAAUACAGAGUCUGUAGCUCAUUCUACAACUGAUUUUCACUGUUAGACCAGCUGAUUGACUGUGACUGGACCAGAAUCCUGAAAAUGAUGACCGUUUGUCUAUUGGUAUAAUUUUAUACUUAUUUGUUUCUUCUUUGAACGCCCCACCCCCCCCUACGUGUUAAUACUCAUUAGCUGUGUGCACAGGAUUUCAUGCAUCUUCCAAAGAGUAUGUAAGCGUUAGUUUUAAAGGGCCCAUAUCAUUAAAAAAUAAUAAUAAUUUCCUCAUUUUUAUCAGGAAAAAAAGAGUGUAUGAACAUUGUUUUAAAAACCUUUUUUAAAUUCAUUGUUUCUGUCAAAUUAAUUUACAUGUAUCUGCCUAUUCCACCUACAGCGGUUUAGCUCCGCCCACUCACACUGAAGUUAAAAAGAGUGUUUCAUCAAGGAGGCUUUUUGAAUGAGGCAGCCAAUCAGAAAACGGCUCAGUCUUAAAGGCACAGUAACAAAAAGCGUUUUUUGGUACCUGAAACCACACUGCACAUUUAUAAGUGGAUCUAAGGGGGUAAAAAUGAAUAUAGGAUAUGGGCUCUUUAAAGUUGGGAAAGCUUUUCAGAAUGACUUAAAAUGUUUGGAAUCAUUCCAAGAUUUAUGUUGAUUUAUUAAUAACCAUGAAACGAGUUCAACCUGGGGACGCACUGACUUGGGAGUUGUGGGCCGAUGCCAAUAUCUGUAUAUUAUAAAAAUAUAUUUUUUUUAUGUAGAAAUUUGCCAGUCGAUACAUAAACAUUUAUAAAAUACAGAAAUAUGCACAAGUUCAAGCACCCCCAGCCAGGAUAAGUCUCGAUUUUCGAAGUGAAUAUAAGUUAAGGCAUCCUCUACACAGAGAACAAACUUAAAUAUGUUAUAUUUCUAUUUGAUUUCGAUUUCUUUCCCAAGUUUAACGUAUUGAGAAAAAAACAAAAAAAACAAAAUGCACAAUCUACAGUACAAAAUGUCCCAAAACUUGUGUACACGUCACAUUUUGUUUUAUUUUGGUCCUAAUAUGUUGGAUAUGGUAAAUAAACAGUAAUUUGGUACUAAAAUGUGCAGAACUGUUGUCGCUGUAGAGGAUGGGUCACUUAUUUUCGCUGAGAAAGUCGACAAAACACGUCGUUUGAAUGCAAACUUUUGUAAGCGACUGAGCAUCAUGAAAUAUUUACAUUUACGGCAUUUGGCUGACGCUCUUAUCCAGAGCGACUUACAAUUUGAUCGUUUUACACAGGAAGGUGAAGGUGGUGUUGGGAGUCUUGCCCAAGGACUCUUAUUGGUAUAGUGUAGGGUGUUUACCCAGGUGGGGAUUGAACCCCAGUCUACAGUGUAGAAGGCAGAGGUGUUACCCACUACACUAACCAACCACGUUUAGAAAUAUCUAAACACCUAUAUGAUCCAAUCACAUACCCUCAUGCGUUCCUGUCUCAGGCCGUGCAAAGCAUAGUUUGCGCGUCCGCCAUCACAUUUCUGCUUCUGUGAAAUGAGAAGUAGUGGAAAUAUUAUGAAGUCACUUUGUCCUUUGAUGUUCUGCCUGUGUCCAGCUGCGCUCAGUGUCUUGUGUAUGGAGUGCCUGUGAAUGUUGUACCUUAAACCGAAUGCAUUUACUCUAAACCUAUAUUGUUAACGUCUUACAGAAACCACCGGCUUUGUGUCGGCUGACGCGAGUUCCCGUCACAGCUGCUGUGAAUUCAGCGCAGGUCUGAACUGAAUCUGGCCGUUUUUUUGUUGUAUGUGUGCUACAGUGUGUGUCCAAAAAGUUCGUACACACAGCAUUACUUUGGAAAUGAAGGCCAUUUACAGGAACUCUACUGCAGUAACAGCCUCUGCUUAUCUGAGAAGGCUUUACUCAACAUUGCUGUGAGGAUCUGUUUGUGCACUAGUGAGGUCAGAUACUGCUGUUGGAUGGUCAGUUCUGGAUCCUAACUCACCUUAAAGGUACUGGAUGGAGCUCCAUCACUCCAGAGAGCACAGCUCCACAGCUCCACAGCCCAAUGCCGGGGGUCGCUGCAUGUGGUGACCUUAGGCUCAUGUGCUACUGCUCCACUGACCCUAUUCUAAAAGCCUGCAUACCUUUGGACAUAAAAAAAAAACCUCAAAUGCUCCUAAAAUGGUUAAUUUGUUCAACAAGAUGACCGACGGGUAGGAAUUUGCACCCUUAUGAAGUGCACUGUCUUAUCUGUAUAAAGGGAAUGACCGACUCUGGCCCUUUUCCAUGAUCCGCGAAUGGACCUUGGACACUAGCUUGGCAUGGAAAGAAGUCCGAAUGGGGUUUAUAAGCAUGGCCAAAGUGCCGGAAUCAGGGGUGAAAUUGAAGCUUGAGAUUUGUUUUUUUUCUGUCUUAUUUUCUUUUGCCUUCAUUGUACGUUUUGUUUUGUGGAAGAGACGAAUAGCAGAUGCCAGCACAACCUGUCGGUUUUAAUCUUUGUAUUUUGUUUUCUUAUUAAAAAACUGUACAUAUGAUGCCUUUUUCCCAGCCAACCAUAAACAACCUUAAUUUUU